AUGGUACAAAGUAGAUAUAUUAAGUUACACUAAUAUUUAUUUGUUAUUUGUUUCUGAUUUUAACCAGCAACUCCAUGCUGCGGUGCUUUUACAGCGAAAUCCAGCUUUAGACUUUCUGGAAAGAUUACUUUUCAGUUCCGGGCCGGCGUUGGUUUCUCUGUCGUCUUUCUGCUGUCUACUCCCCUCAGUUUGAGGAUAUUUGCACAAAGUUUGUUUUUAUCUCCAGCGACGCUGCAGCGUUUGAGCGCCCGAAAAGCCGAAAUGGUGUUUAAAGUGACUGUCAACAGUGCUCGGAGGGCGGCGAGGACGCUGUGGCUGCUGCUGCUGGUGAGCCUGUCUGUGUGCAUCAGUGUCUGCCGAGCAACUUCAUCUACGAGGCAGGACAGUGCCAUGGAGAACAUCGUUACAGAGAAGAAGGCUGAGGAGAGCCACCGGCAGGACAGCGCGGAUCUGCUCAUCUUCAUCCUGCUCCUCACCCUCACCAUCCUCACCAUCUGGCUGUUCAAGCACCGCAGGUUCAGGUUCCUGCACGAAACCGGGCUGGCGAUGAUUUAUGGCCUGAUUGUUGGUGUGAUCUUGCGUUAUGGCAUUCACGUUCCUCGGGACAUCAGCAAUGUCACGAUGAGCUGCCACGUCAAUGCCAGCCCCGCCACCCUGCUGGUCAACAUCAGCGGCAAAUUCUUCGAAUACACUUUAAAGGGGGAGAUCAGUGCCAACGAGGUGAACGACGUGCAGGAUAAUGAGAUGCUACGCAAGGUGACCUUCGAUCCUGAAGUGUUCUUCAAUAUUCUCCUACCGCCAAUCAUCUUUCAUGCAGGCUACAGCUUGAAAAGGAGGCAUUUUUUCCGUAACAUGGGAUCCAUCCUGGCUUAUGCCUUUCUGGGGACAGUGAUUUCAUGCUUUAUUAUUGGGUUGCUGAUGUACGGCUGUGUGACGCUGAUGAAGCAUGUGGGGCAGCUGAGUGGCGACUUCUUCUUCACCGAUUGUCUGUUUUUUGGGGCCAUCGUCUCUGCCACCGACCCUGUGACAGUCCUGGCUAUCUUCAAUGAGCUGCAGGUAGACGUGGAUCUGUACGCGUUGCUGUUCGGAGAGAGCGUGCUCAACGAUGCCGUGGCCGUGGUUCUGUCCUCCUCUAUUGUAGCGUACCAGCCAGAAGGAGACAACAGCCACACCUUUGAGGUCAUGGCGAUGCUCAAGUCUUUUGGGGUUUUUCUUGGAGUUUUCAGCGGCUCUUUUGCCCUGGGAGUGGCCACCGGAGUCGUCACCGCUCUCGUGACUAAGUUUACCAAACUGAGGGAUUUCCAGCUGCUGGAGACGGCUCUGUUCUUCCUCAUGUCGUGGAGCACAUUCCUGCUGGCUGAGGCUUGUGGCUUCACAGGUGUGGUGGCAGUGCUCUUCUGUGGGAUCACUCAGGCUCACUACACCUUCAACAACUUGUCUCCCGAGUCCCAGGACAGAACCAAGCAGCUGUUUGAGCUGCUGAAUUUCCUGGCAGAGAACUUCAUCUUCUCCUACAUGGGUCUGACCCUGUUCACCUUCCAGAACCACGUCUUCAAUCCGAUGUUCAUCAUCGGAGCUUUUAUAGCGGUGUUCCUGGGAAGAGCUGCUAAUAUCUACCCUCUCUCCUUCCUUCUGAAUCUGGGACGACGCAACAAGAUCAGAUCCAACUUCCAGCACAUGAUGAUGUUUGCGGGACUGCGAGGCGCGAUGACCUUUGCCCUCUCCAUCAGGGACACCGCCACGUACGCCCGUCAGAUGAUGUUUACCACCACUCUGCUCGUGGUGUUCUUCACUGUUUGGUUUUGUGGAGGUGGCACCACACAGAUGCUGUCCUGCCAGCGCAUACGUGUGGGAGUGGACUCUGAUCAAGACAACUCUAUGAGUAUCGCUGAAGGCUCAGAGAGAAGAAGCACCAAACAAGAAAGUGCCUGGCUUUUCAGAAUUUGGUACAACUUUGACCACAACUACCUGAAGCCCAUCCUGACUCACAGCGGCCCCCCCCUCACAGCCACGCUGCCUCCCUGCUGCGGCCCUCUCGCCCGUUUCCUCACCAGCCCUCAGGCCUAUGAGAAUGAGUGCCAGCUGAAGGAUGACGACUCCGACCUCAUCCUGACAGAUGGUGACAUCAACCUGACCUACGGCGACAUUACAGUCAGCACAGACGCCACAGGUGCCCACACGAGCGGCGGCCCAGCCUUUGCUGGCGCCGCCACCUCGGAUGACUUGGACAGGGAGCUGGCAUACGGAGAUCACGAGCUGGUGAUGAGGGGCACGCGCCUGGUGCUGCCUAUGGAUGACUCAGAGCCGCCCUUUCCAGACCCCCACCACCGCUUGAGGAUGUGAAAAUAGCCUCCGAGUGCCGACCCAGACGACCGUCCGACUCACACUGACCCGAGCCAUUGAGCAAAAGACCAGUACCUGACUCUCCUUCUUUCACUCCUCUACGUUUGAUUUCUUUUGCUCUUGCACUUAGCCUCAUCCUUGCCUUUUUAUUCCUUUACAUGUUGAUCACUGUUACAUUUUCUCACCUCCUCUAUAGACAAAUCACUCUCUCUACCUCAUUCUCUCUCUGCUCAUUUCCACUCCUUUCUGCCAUUACUGUAAUAUAGUCGUAUUUAUUUUCAGGGUUUUUUGGUAUUCAACUGAAAGUUUUUUUUCUUAGUUUGGCUUAAAUAUGUGUCAGUCACCUUACUGUAGCAUUGCACAGAGGUCUAGCAGCAUGUGUUAGUGUGUAAAUGCAAGUACCAACCACUAGCUAAUUUGUCGAUGUACAGUAUAUACCAAGAGUACUAUAACUUUGAUAUGCAUGCUGAGGAUGCUUGUUGUUUUCUUUGUAUGGGAGGUUGAGGGCUUUUGUGUUUUGGGUCUGACCUUGAAUGUUGCUGCCUUCUCUCUGUGCAUCAGAGGCAAGCUGACCCAGUGGACAACUUUACUGUACAUUUGGUUACAAUCAAGUGCCUGGGAAUUGUAGUUUUAAGCAUGACGACCCAGUAGUGAAUCAGCUCUGGGCAGCAGAGCCGAUCCACGAUGGACAGUCAUUCAGUUUUCAUUUGUAAAAAAAAAAAAGAAGAAAAAAGUAAUAAUAAUUCUAAAAACAAAAAUAGACAUCUCUGUCCAUAAGGUAGCAAUAUACUCAGUGGGCUGUCGGUUUGUGCUAUUCGCUUGUACAUAGUGUGUAACAAUGUGAUGCCACUGAUGCAGUGCAACCUGGCAGUGAACGUCGUGGAUCUCUCCCAGUGACCUUUGACUGUGACAUAGAGAGAGACUUUACACCUUAUUUUAGAAGCUGAUGUCGCUCACAGCAGAAUGAAGGGCUGUUGUUUUGAAAACGAGAUCCAAAAGAGUCAAAGUGAGAAAGCUUAGUGCCAUUUCUGUCCUGCAUUUUAACAUUUUCUGAGAACUGAAUGCAGAGGACCUUAAAGUGUUUUGUAUUCUUUUUUGCAACAGAGCUUAAGUACUUUAAGCCGAAUCACGUUUUUCAUAUCCAUUUAGCUUGGUGCACACAUUUUCUAUUACAGCUGUUACACCGAUGACUAUGAAUCCUAUUUUUCUCAUUAAAUGAAUCUGAAGAACACAUAUAAGUAUGUGAAUUUGAAGCUAAAAGAACUUAGUAUGAAGCACACAAGUGAUUUUGUGAGUAGAAGUUUGGCAAAUAAGAUUGUUGCUGGUUUUAGCAGGGCUGCAACCAGUGACUAUUUUCAUUAUUCAUUAAGCUGCCAGCUAUUUCAUGAUUAAUUGAUUAAUCAUUUUGUCUAUGAAACGUCGUACAAUAGGGAACAAAACCCAUCACGAUCUCCCAGUAACCUGACAUAUUUUAGCGUCUUGGUUUAUCUGAUGAGCAGCUGAAAACUGAAAGAUAUUCUCUUUACAAUCUGAGGAACUGGAGAGUUUUGUACACUUAAAUGAUUAAUCUAUUAUCAAACUUCUUGCAGAUUCACUUUUGACUGAGUAAUUAACUGAUGCAGCCUUAGAUUUUAUACAAUGAGUACGAUAAAAUCAUUUGCGUAAGACAAGCCCACCUGAUUAUUAUUCUAAUGAAUCCAUCCCUAAUAUGAGCAGAUUUUUACACUGGUACUGUGGGAGUUCAUCAUUAUGAGAACUGCCAGAGUAGAACAACAAUCGUUGUUUAUAUGCUGGAUGUUUUUUUUCUUUGCUGUACACACACGGGUUCUUGAGGUUUGAUGGUUAAGCAGGAGUUUAGUAGCGUUAAGGUGCAUAAAAAUACCAACUAUUAAAGAGUGCUCCUGCCAGGAUGUGUUAGCAGCGUACUCUGCAGAGGUUAUUUUGGUACAUGUGCAAGAAGAACGGAUGGUUUUGUAGCAGCUGUUAAUGCGGGUUUAACAGGAAGCGUUGAUAGGAUGUCACCGUGGCAACACUGUGUUGAUGUGGACAGAAAACAUUUGGUGACUUAGCUGAACACAACAAUUUUGUGUUUUGGCCUCUUAGUGACCCAAAGAAAAAAAAAAGAUUGGGUGUAUGCAGAAUGGAUAGGAGAUGAUGAUGACGAAGAUGUUUAAAGAAAAGCAUUAGAGGACGAGAGGAGAGGGAGGUGGACAAGGGAGGAUAGUUAGGCCUGUGUUUGUGUGAGUGUUCGUGUGCCGGGGAUGACACAGAGGUGGAAGGAAGAUGUCGCUUUUCCUUCCGUAGUUAUCUUCUGCUGUGCAGGAGCUUCUAAUUUAAAUGCUUUUUUAAUCAGGCAUUCCUCUUGGCACCACAUGAUCUUCAAUAUGAUUUAUUAUUUCCACAAUUUUGUAACUUUUUUUUGUUUGUGUUAUUGAAUAUUUUUUUGGAGGAAGUGAGGUAAUGAAGUAAAGAAAAAAGCUGAAUCAUUUGCACUCAUCUAUUGAGAAUGUUGUGAUGUUUUAUUGUUUGCUUGUUUUAUCUAACAGCUGCUUUUAUAUUAUUUUGCAUAUGUUUUGGAAGGUUGUGGGGAAAAUUAGCAAAUUUGUGGCAGUUCGAUGAAAUAUAAAGUUAAGUUGGUUCAUUAUGUUCGACAUAAAGAAAUAUUUCACUUGGCGGUGGCAGUCGAGCUGUUAAAAGUCCUUUCAUACCGUUGCUUCAUCUUAUCACUUGACCAUUCAGGUACUUUGUAUGUGUGUUUGCAACAAGUUGCUGUAUUUGAGGCGGUUGCCAUGACGUCUGCAGAGCAUGAAUCAUUCAUCGUCCGCUGACGGUGGACCCUGUGGGGGGAAAAAAAAAAGUUAAAUAUAUACAAGCAGAAUUGUGUGCCACUGUUCUUUAACUGACACAUUAAAAAAAAAAUAAAAUGAAAUCCGCAAAUGGUGAAAUAGGUUUUGAUGUUUGCCUACUGCUCUGCCAGUAUGUGUUUCUGUCUCUGUUCUCUGAAUGGUGACUCGUGAUAAGCUUUGAUCAUUGGAGAUCUUGUCUGAAGUAGCUGACCAAAGAGGCCUGCUGUGCUCUGUGCUUUCAGACCGUCCUCUCUAUCUUUAUACUGCAAACUCUCUGUCCGAAUGUGUGUGUGUGUGUUAAUGCCUGCAAGUGUAUAUGGAUGGAUGUACUAGUGUGUGUGCGUGCGUGUGUGUGUGUGUGUAUAAGAGAGAGAGACAUUGUGUCGUCUCUUCUCCUCUGUGUUGCAGGUACUGACUGUUUACAUCUGUGUAAAUAUACUCUCACCUGUUCAUGUGCGUGCAAUGGACAAUAAACAGAAGCCUGUGCUUUUGAUUAAA